UACAAACACUAAAAUGGUGUUUGCAAACAUAUGGAGCAGAGAAUAAUAGGACACUCCUCCGCACAUGCGCAGUGAGACGCUAUAAAAUCCCCAGUGCUUUAAGCAGUCGUGCGUUUGUUGUGUCUGCUGGGGAUGCAUUUCGUGGAUGGAAAGAUCUGUGUGUAUCACCAAAUGCAUAUUUUGUUCAAGAACUGUUUUUGUACAUUGCAUUUUUGCUGAGCGUCCUACAUCCAGGCUAAGUCACCAGGCCUGGAUUGGACACCAAGAGCAAGUCAAGACUGAGUUUCCUGAUUCACCUCCUGAUUCGCAGUCACUCACUGUGCCACUUUGGGCAAUGGCUCUGAUCUCUAUUGAGGAUCUUGAUGGACUGGAUGAUGAGCAGUUGGAUGAUGAUAUCACAGACCACUCUGAACCAAUGGAUGAUGAGGAGCAGGACAGAAUGUACGCCCAUUGGCAGGCCGUAGGAAGGACACAUCAUGUUUCUGUUCCAAGAGAGAUGAGAGGACCUAUUGAGGAGAUGACGAGGAGGAACCAGACCUCAGAACGAGAGCAAGUGCCUUUUGUCACCGUCUCCAGACAUGAGAAGCUUGGCGAGGUGUUGUACGAGGAGAGAGUGUAUCCUCCAGGAAAAUGGGCAUGUGUCAGAAAAGCAGACAUGCUGUAUGAGCAAAGCAUCUCCAAUGCAUUUAUGAAACUCAUGCGCUUCAUCUGCAAGGAGAAUUCAACAGGACGGUACCUUGGCAUGUCAGUGCCUGUUGUGAAUGAGAUCACGAUGGCAGAUGAUGGCACUAACUUCAUGAAGGAUGUGUUGACGGCGUAUUAUCUGCCUGCUGAGUUCCAGGCCAGACCGCCCGAACCAACCGAUCCUGAUAUCAGCAUUGUUGACAGGGACACGAUCCGAGUCAUAACCAGGGUGUUUUACGGGACCACAACAGAGGAGACCGUCUCUCGUCAGAUCAGCAUGCUUUGGGAGCUUUUGGGCAACUCGGGGGAUGUUCUCCGGGACCGCUACAUGGUAGCCGUUUACGAGAAUCCUGGCGUGCCCCAACGUAGGAAUGAGAUCUGGUUCAUUCGACGUGCCCCGUGAACAUUUCGGAGCACAUUUAAGCAGAGAGACGUUUUGAGUCGCUGAAUGUCUCGUAAUGAAGAUGCGGAGCUAGUCACAAUCAAAAAACCCUUUUAUCCUUUUGUAUUGUUGUGAGUGUCAUGCAGAAAACAUUUGUUUUUAAUCAUCAAGGAAAGAAACUGCAGUUUAUUACACAAUAGAUAUAACAAAUAUAGAUUAUCACUGUAUAUAGCCUGCUGUUGAUUUCAGGGUCAACACAUGGAAUUGCUAAGAGAUAUCAGUGGGUGAAACUUCAACCCCAAGUAUUACAAAUGUUUCUUUGUAUUAUUCAUGUUAUAAAUAAUGCCAGGGUGAAGACGAUUCAAUACGCUUCUGCUCUUUUCUGCUUGAUUUAAAUGUUUUACACUACUUGAAUUUACUUUCAUUUUCAGUUUGUUUAUUUUAUCCCAGAAAAUAGCAUUUCUAGGUUUUAAAAUGGUGCCCUAAAAUGGCGUUGUCUGCAGUGACUCGAAUACCAUACCAUGCACAACUAAACUGUGAACUGUAAAUCCCUCAAUAAUGGCUUUUGUAGAUUCUUGUUUGCAAUACAUGUUGCUUGAAAAAUAGUUAUUGUAUGUAUUUGCAGAUGGUUAUUAAGUUUCAAUACUUAUCAUAUAUUUUGAAUUAAGUAGUCAUUUUAAAUUUUGUGUUGGAGGACUAUUGUAAAAUACCCUUUUUUUUUUUUUUUUUUUUUUUUUUUUAACUUUGUGUAACAGACCCUCAAACCAUUUACCAGACAAUCAUCGGUCAGAGCACUAAAAUGCAAUCUUCUACAUUUUUUUUUUUAUCUUAUGGGCCAAUCAAAUUAUUUCUUUCUUUGAUAUUAGUAGUGCAGUUUAAAUCAGUCAUUUGCUACAAGGUGGAUAAUAGUAUGGCAUUGUGUUUUUUACGGGUAUGCUUGUUAAUCUCUUUUCUUAAGGUGGAGUCUACAAGUGUAAUAUAUCUAAACACCACUUUUUCUUCAUCAAAUAAAUGAAACCACAUGAUUAGAUCUAAGGUUACAUGCGUGGGUUGGCUACACCUUGUUUUUGGCAAAACAUAUGUCCCUUUGCAGCAGUAUUGUAUCCGAUUACUAUUUGGUCUCAAAGAUGUAACUGCAUUUUCUUAUUGUAUUUCGUUGUUGUGUUUUAUGUAAUGUUGUGCAAACGUAUGUGAAACAUCAGCGCAACGUGUUGUCUUUUUAACUCUUUAAAGCACUGUUUUGACAUUCUUUAACAUGAUUCCUUGCUUUUGUAUCAUUAAUGGCUUAGGUGGUACAAAUGUGGAUUUUGCCUUGCCUUGUAUUUUAAAACUUGCACUCUCCCAUCUCAAGUCUGUUAUAAUAUUAAUACAUUUUAUUUAUAGAGAGCACUGGGCAUAUUAACAAUAGCUUGCUUUUGAAAAGUUGAAUAAAUGUAUUCAAAUAAAAAACAAUAAAUGAUGUGUUUAAUUGUU